GCCCUCCCACUGAAUUACAGACUUCCUGGAUACACAAAAUCUGUGUACUCCGAGAGGAGGAGGCUGUUGCAUUACGGUCUGAACACUUAAUUCGUAGUAUGCUAACGAUUUUACGGCAUACUGUUUUUUCCCAUUGGCGACUACGAGGAAGACGUUAAAGAAUGGGAGAGCGCAAAGUGGAUUUGGAUUAUCUAGUGCAGUUACCGUGUAACCCGGGGGAGCAGUCGCUGACUCGCUGUGAUUUGACCUGGAUAUUUUCACCCUCACUGCUAAUCUAGAUAGCUAGCUAGCUAAUUUAAUCGGGUAAAUCCUUUUCUACCUCUCUCAGGAACACCGCCCAGUGCUGUACAGUAGACCGUCGCUGUGAGGCAGUUUGAACGAACGAUUCAUGGAAAGUGAUUGUGAACAAGGGCGAAGUAAUUCUCCCGCAAUCAGAAAUAUCCGAGUCUUAGCUCGUAUGUUCCAUUGAUAUAUUAUUGGCGUUGCUGGAAUUACCUGUGCAUUGAGUUUCAUUUAACCAGCAAGCUAUGUAGAGUACUUUUGAUUGCGCGGAGACAUUUACUUAGGAAAACAUGCAGCCUCCUUGGAAGUGACUUCGCUUGUGUUCACUCACGUUGUUGUGGUUAUUCAAUGAAAAUGCCAACUGUAUAACAUCAGAACGGACGUUGAAGUGAAGCGCAUGAGGUGAAGAAGAGAGAAACGGGACAUGAUGGCACUUUUGGGGCGAAGGAACCGGUCAAAGUUGAUACUCUGUAUUGUCACAGCCUCUCUCGUCGGAUAUUUUCUUUUUCACAAGAACAAUGUGAAGGAAGUCGGACCGGCGAACAGACGAGGAAUUUCGACUGAUGAAGACGUUGAUGAAAACGAACGGUUAAAAAGACCGGUUUAUGAAAGACCACUGUUGGAUAGUAAUGCUCUGGGGGAGAUGGGAAGAGCUGUCAAGCUGAACUUGCAUGGGGAGGAGAAAAGAAAGGAAGAAGAAAGCAUCAGAAAGCAUCAGAUCAACACUUAUGUCAGCGAGAAGAUAUCUCUUCACCGGAGGUUACCUGAACGGUGGAAUCCUCUCUGUAGAGACCUGCGAUACGACUACUCCGCGCUGCCCUCCACGUCGGUGGUGAUCGCAUUCUACAACGAGGCGUGGUCCACGCUGCUCCGCACGGUGCACAGCGUCCUGGAGACGUCCCCCGACGUCCUGCUGCGCGAGGUCAUCCUUGUCGACGACUACAGCGACAGAGAGCACCUGAAGAAACCCCUGGAGGACUACAUCUCAGGCCUGAGGAAGGUGCGGUUAAUCCGGGCGCGCAAGCGGGAGGGCCUGGUGCGGGCGCGGCUCCUUGGGGCAUCCAUCGCCACCGGCGACGUGCUGACCUUCCUGGACUGCCACUGCGAAUGCCAUGAGGGCUGGCUGGAGCCCCUGCUCCACAGAAUAAAGGAGGAGGAGUCGGCAGUGGUGUGCCCCGUCAUUGACGUCAUUGACUGGAACACCUUCCAGUACCUGGGGAACCCAGGGGAGCCUCAGAUUGGAGGCUUCGACUGGAGGCUGGUGUUCACCUGGCACCCUGUCCCAGAGUACGAGCAGAAGAGGCGGAGAUCAGCCACUGAUGUCAUCAGGUCUCCCACCAUGGCCGGAGGGCUCUUCGCCGUCAGCAAGAGCUACUUCCAGUACCUUGGCACCUACGACACUGGGAUGGAAGUCUGGGGAGGAGAAAACCUGGAGUUCUCCUUCAGGAUCUGGCAAUGCGGGGGCAGCCUGGAGAUCCACCCCUGUUCCCACGUGGGGCACGUCUUCCCCAAAAAGGCCCCCUAUUCCCGCAGCAAGGCCCUGGCCAACAGCGUGCGCGCUGCGGAGGUCUGGAUGGAUGGGUACAAGGAGCUGUUCUACCACCGCAACCCCCACGCUCGGCUGGAGGCCUUCGGGGACGUGACGGAGAGACUUAAGCUGAGACAGCAGCUGGGCUGCAAGGACUUCCGCUGGUACCUGGAGAACGUAUACCCAGACAUUAACGUCCCCGAGGACCGCCCUGGAAUGUUCGGCAUGCUGAAGAACAGAGGGAUGAACAACUACUGCUUUGACUACAACCCCCCAGAUGACCACAAUGUGGCUGGGCACCGAAUCAUCCUUUACCCCUGCCACGGCAUGGGCCAGAAUCAGUUCUUUGAGCACUCCGUCGAGAACGAGAUCCGCUACAACACGCGGGAGCCCGCGGGGUGCGCUGCCGUGGAUUCUGGGGCGGAGUACCUGACCGUGCAGCUCUGCCGCAAGCCGAAGCAGCCGGUGCCAGAGGACCAGAGGUUCAUCCUGAGAGAGGAUGGCUCCUUCUUCCAUGCCCAGCUCCAGAAGUGUGUGCAGGCUGUGGAGAAGUCUGACAAUGGAGGCCCCGCCCCCGCCCUCCGGCCCUGCUCGGACUCCGUCUACCAAAAGUGGUACUUCGAGGAGAGGGCGUAAACUGACCUCCAGGGCAGGGCUGAGCUCCACGGGGGGGUCAAAGGGCAUGAUGAUCCUGGCCCAAAUCAUUUUGUCCUUCAUAUAAAUGGGAGUGAGAAAUUCUAGUGUCACUGUACGUCACUGCUGGUGCUGGUGCUGGUGCUGCUCGUUCUACAACAUUCACUGAACUGACCCUGCAAUCCACGGCAGUUUCUAGAAUGGUUGUACAGAGGGUAUUGUUUUAUCAAUGAUUCAGACCUACGUAUUAUGUGGACUCAUGAACAGUAGCGGACGUUGAUAUUUGCGAAGAGGUGCAAUACAGGGUUUUACUUUGGGAGAUUUAGAUUGGUGAGCAGCAUUAAUCCAAACAGCUGGAAUUUUUAUUAUGCUAAUUUUCAUUAUCGCAUGGUGGGACUGCAGCUUGUGUGCAUGUAAUCCUGUUACAGCUCUGAAAGGACACACAGACACACUGUACUUGUGUGUGGAUACUGUUCAGCUUUUCUGUGCUUUCAUUUGAAACCCAUUUAUGCUUUUUAUGAAAGCCAUCUUUCUCUCUGACCUGAAACCACUCCACAGCCUUUUGUAGAUAUUUUUGGCUUUUGAGUGGCUGGAGAGAGCCACCUACAGUAUGGCGUUGGCCACUGUAGUGGCAUUUCAUCAUCAGAUGCUGUUUCACAUUGGGACCUCUAGGGAGAGCCCGUGUCUCCAGUUUCUCUUAAACAUGCACAUUAUUUUGCUGGAUUAAAAUCCACAGUUGUUGUUUGGGGUGUAAGUACAGCUCUGUUCAUGGGAUUAUUCUCUCAAAUG